CUUAAAAUGACAGUGCUCGUCCCGGCUUCUGCUGUGUAUGUUUGCCUCGUCGUCGGCAUCCUUCUCUUGGCAAUCACGACGGUCUCCACGGUCGGCGGCGUCGCCAAUGCCAUGGCAGUGGCCAGCAGCAGCAACACCAUGAAGGCGAGCGUCUCCAAGGCGCCACCGGCGGCCAACAACUCUGAUCAGUACAUCUGCUACCUCUGCCGCCAGCGUAACACUCUCAUGAUCAAGCGGUGCCCCCUCGACGUGGACGACUGCCACAUCGCGUGCCUCUCGUCCCCAGCCUCCUCCCGCCGCGCCCUGUCACCCCCCGGCCACCACGACGGUGACACGAACGUGCUGGGGAGCGGCCCUGGCGGCGCGGACCCCGACGACUGCUACGUCAUGAAGCUGUACCCGGACGGCACGUGGGUCAUCGUCUACGCGGUCAGCUGCAAGGCCGUCGCGGGCUGCUACCUUGUGUGCGGCGACGGGGACGACGACGUGCCUGGGAGGAACACCUCCCCGGCCGUGCCCAAGGGCCCUAUGCCGCACCUCCACGACGCCGAAUUCCAGCGCUGCGGCGAUCAGAUCACCGCGGCCCUCCCCGCCGUCUAGCCACGCGCGCCGGCGUGUUGCGAUGACAUUCGAGACGCAUGGCGUGCGCGCGCGGCACACAGAUUGCUGCAGAAACAAACAAAAAUCACUUCUAAGUUCUGACUUCUGACUGAGAAAUGGCCAUCAGCGUCAAGACGGCUCCUGAACAUCAAGAUUAGUCGAAGCAAAUCUCGAAAAAAGGAUUAGCCAAAGUGCAAUUUCAUCGGACAGCUGCCAGUAUUGAAAUAACAGUUUAUGAUUUUAAGAAUUGCAUCAUUUGAUUUGGA